AUGGUCCUAAGGGACACGCGCCAGCCAUAUGUUGCUCGGCGGAUUCUGUUGCUGGUCCAGCUCACUUCCUCACGAGCAGCUCUCAGAAGCCUCGGAAGGUCAAUUCUUGUGGAUGGCGUAGUGAAAAUGGUUGGAUCCGCUAUAACAUAUUUGUUGGUAGGAAUUUUUCUUCAGAUAUUAUGGAAAAUGAAGCCGUAGCAGAAAGCUUAGGAGAAUGAAGAAAAGUUCUUUUUUCAGAGAAAAACUAGGAAAUAUUCCCCCCGCCGUUGAACUUUUGAUGAAACUUUGCUCGUGUACUUUAGGACCUCCUGAUUGCAGAUCAAGACAAAAAUUUCUCCCAAUAGAUCUUUUUUUCGAGUUAUGAAGCUUUAUACACAAGUUAUGACAAAAAAGCGCUAUUUUUAGCUUUAAAAACGUCCUCUAGUAAUAAUAUCCCAAGAUCGAUGAUUCUAAUAAUUCCCAAAAACAGCAAGACCGAAACCCCACUCCAGACAUGACCGCCAAAAGAAAUCGCGUUAGCCAUGCUUCUCGUUAGGCCUCGCUACAGUAUCAGCUUGUGGCGGCGCAUUUACAAUCGGCAACCUAAUAAUGGCGGCCUUUUUUUUUCUUGGAGCUGUCUGUGUCCUCCUGCCGCAAGCACGGUCUAACUGUUGCGAGAGCUCAAGUGACCGCGGUUGACCUCUUGCGGAGGCGGACCUUGGGGUCACCGGCUCUUCUGCAGCCUGUUGCCAUCACUCGGCACCAUGGACCUGCACCGUGCUCUUGCCGCUCUCAUGCGUCCAGUCUCACUGCCGGCCGGCAUUCCAGGCUUCGACCUGAGCUCCGGGUUGCCGUUCGCUUUCACCGAGCAGACGCUGCUCUCGGCGUUGCCAGCCCUGGCCGCCAACCUCGAGGCUCCGCUUGGCAUCGUUCCCUACGAGACUUCGCAGUUCACGCCAUCCAAGAAGGCGCGUGUCGAAGAGCCUAGCAGUCCCGUCUCCAGCCAUUCCAGCACCGUCAGCAGCACUCAGGUUUGAAUUUGCCCUUGUCCAGCUUCGAAAUUGACUUUUUUUUAGCUUCGAAAUUGACUUUCUUAAAACUCAUUUUUGGAUAAAAAAAUAAAAAAAUGUUACUAGGAAAGGUUCUUGAACGAGUCCUACUCAAAAAAACAAAAAAAUUUGAAGCUUCUGUUUUUAAGUUUUCUAGUUUCGCUCAUAGUCAUAUUUUUUUAAUGAAAAUAGGUUUAAUCAGCUUGAAGAUCCUUGUGGACCUCCCAGUACAUGUAGACAUUCAAGAUAUUUUUUGUGAGCUUGAAAUUUUUUCUCAAAGUUAGCAAUAAGUUAAAACAACUCACGCUAUUUGCGGAUGAUAAACUUUUCUUAAAGUCCAAUUUGUCCACCUUACAGUGUUAGUACUGCUUUUGUACCUUUCAGUUACCUUAAAAAAACAGUUUUGCAAACAAGUUCAAUAAUACUCAUAGAAAGUCAACGUGUCGCGCUCUAAAUGGGUCCAUUUUUCAGUUUUCGAGCCCUCAGCCGUCACCAUGCCGUAAGCCUGCCGUUCCUAUCCCUGAAGAAAAAAAGGUUUCAAAAUUUUUGAACGUAGAAAUUAUUCAAAAAAAAACCCCCCUGCGCUCUUUGUAAUUAACGCAUCUUUUGUUGGUCCUCUGUUCGCCGUCCAACUGUUGGCAGAGUAAUUAACCGCUGGUGACCUGGCACGCCUGAUAUGGAAAAAAGAGGGGUUGCGCAAGUGCGAGUCGGUCUGCGGCUACCUGCGGAGCCAUUGUGCUGUUAGGACGCAACAGUGGGGUCAUCGGAUGUGUAAGUGAGAGCCGCCAGGUCAGCCGUUACAAAAAACACCCAGAAGCAGCAAUUGUCGCGCGGCUCAGUUACGAUCGAGCGCGCACUCACUGCAAGUUUUAGCACUCAGAACGAGGCUUACACAAAACUCAAAAUCAUAUCUAAACCAAAAACGGCUUUUUUUCAGGACGAUGCCUACUUCGAACGAAGACGCAAAAACAAUGAUGCGGCGAAAAGAUCACGCGACGCCCGGAGGAACAAAGAAGAAGCCGUCGCUGCUAAGGCGGCAGCUCUCGAGCAGGAGAACAUCCAACUCCGCGGACAGGUAGUUUCAACUCACUUCUCCUCUCAACGUGGUUUCCAGAUCGCCGUGCUCCAACAAGAAACUGCCAAGCUCCAACUUUUGCUCUUCACGUCCCGAACGUCCAGCAUAACGACAGAUACAAAGAUUAAAGAAGAAGAAUAA